ACUUCCGAAAAGUGGGAAAUGAGUCACAUAGAAAAUGGCGACGUGAAGAAUUUACAGGUAAAUACAGAGAAACAUCUAGUCAUGAGAGCCUUCAAGAACAUCACAGUCAUUUUGCUCAGCUUUUUUUGUUCAUGUAUAGGAAAACAGAAGGUCAUUCCAAAUAGACCUCCGGGUAUUUAUAUGCAGCCCGACUUCGAUGUUUAUUAUAAAGAUGGUGAAUCUGUGAAAUUGCCAUGCAGGGCAGAUGGAGUGCCCAAACCAACGUACAGAUGGAAAAGAAACGGCAGAGACCUGAAUCCCAGCGGUAAUGAUGACCGCUUUGUCCAGCUCUCAGAUGAGGGUACCAUUGUUAUUAAUGCCCCGGAAGAUAAGGAUGAGGGUAUUUUCCAGUGUAUCGCUGACAACGGCUUUGGGAUUUCUGUUUCCAUUAAUGUAAACUUUAGAGAGGGAAAGCUGGACGAAUUUGAGGUAGCAGACUCUGUGACCCACCGUCCACACCUGGGGGAGUCGGUCACUCUUAACUGUGUUCCCCCCACCAGCUUUCCCCCAGCUGAUGUUGAGUGGGUGCUGAAGACGUCAGAGGGUCACAUUGAGCCCAUAAACUACAACAAUAGAAUCUCAAUGGAUCUGGAAGGACGAUUAUACAUCACCAAUGUACAAGAACAAGAUUACAAGGAAGGGAAAGCCUAUGUGUGUAUGGCCAUUAAUUACUUCAUGAGGCGAAACACUUAUGACAAAGCCAACUACAUCGUCCCGAGCGGAAGCUCACCUGUUAAGAGACCUGCUGAGUACCUCUGGGCCUCACCCUCUGAUCAUUUUGGUCUGCGAGGAGAUACAUUUAAACUUAAGUGUAUUUUCAGUGGAAAUCCUACCCCAGAGGUGUUCUGGUUGAAGAAUAAGGCUGACCUUCCGGACUACUACGAGGUCUCUCUCGGAGGACAAGAACUCACGAUCCCUAACCUGACGGAGGACGAUGCCGGACCAUACGAGUGUUAUGGUACAAACACCCAGGGACCCCGAGCCUUCAGAAAUUUUGUCAUCAGAGUAGAAUCCAAACCAUAUUGGGAAGAAGAGCCAAAAGAUGUGGAGACUAGUGUUGGGGCAGCUGUGACCUUCAUCUGCAAGGCCAAAGGUUACCCUGAGCCAAAAAUAGCAUGGCUCAUUAAUGGGGUCAAGCUGGAAGAAUCUAAAGUUCCAAUCUUUCAAAGUGACAGAUUCCUGAAACCAGAUGCCAACAAUUUGACCUUUGUGAACCUAAACAAAAAUGAUCACAUGGUCAUUCAAUGUAACGCCUCCAACAUCCACGGUUAUGUGUUUUCUGAUGUCUAUCUUAACGUCUUGGAGGAAGAACCUGCUAUCAUUGUCCCGCCUGCUCGCGAGCUGAAGGUGGCAGAAAGUCGCGACAUCGAGCUGACGUGUAUCACCAGCGGAAAACCUGAACCCAUCAUCACCUGGAGAAAAGAAGGGGAGCAGAUUACAGGGGGGAGGUACCAGAUCCAACCCAACGGAAACCUUCACAUAGAGAGUGUGGUUUUAUCUGAUGCUGGUAACUACACGUGUCAUGCCUACAAUAAAUUUAACUUUGAUGAAGCCUGGGGAGUCCUGAUCGUACGAGCCAAAACUAGGACAGUACAAAGGCCUGGAGGAUUAGAAGUGACGGCAGGAAGUGACGCUAAAUUCACCUGCUCUGGAACAACAGAUUUUGCGGAGAUCAAGAACCUGAAGAUUUCCUGGCUGAAGGAUAACAAACCCAUCACGACAAAUGACCAGCGAAUGACCCAGAACUUCCAGGACAACUCCCUGACUAUUAGUGGAACUAUCGCUAGAGACUCGGGAACCUACACUUGUGUCAUCUCCAAUGGUUUAGACAGUGCCACAGCAGGGGCCAUUUUAACAGUAAAGGAUAAACCAGACCCACCCAUAGGAGUGUCAUUAAUCACGUGCAGCGAAACACAGGCUGAGAUAGGUUGGACCAAAGGGGCAUCUAACAAUGCUCCCAUUCAGUAUUUUAUAAUUCAGUACAACACGUCCUUUAGUCCUGACGAGUGGUUUAUCGGAGCCAACAAUGUCUUGGCGACCCAGAACAAUGGGUUUGUCACACUGACCCCUUGGGUGGAGUACAGCUUCCGUGUGCUGGCUACAAAUAAGAUCGGUGCCAGCGAACCUAGCUAUCACACGGAGCAGAUCUGUAAGACUAACGCAGCCAGGCCGUCGAAAAAUCCCGAGAAUGUCCGCACCAUUGGGGAUAAGAGAAACUAUCUGAUCGUUGAAUGGACGCCUAUGCCUCCUAUAGAGCAUAAUGGUCAGCAGUUCAAAUACAUCCUGACCAUUCAGAGGGAGGGACAAGGCACGAGUGAUAUCUCUCCGGUCACUAUCUCUGAGUGGAGGACAUUCCGCUAUGAGAAACAGACCAGCGACGUGUUCGUGCCCUACCUCAUCACAAUCAAGGCAAACAAUGAGGCUGGCGACUCCACUGCUCCAGUUCAGGAGGUCAAAGGUUACUCGGCCGAGGAAAUCCCUACCAUCAGUGUUGGAGACCUUACCACAGACUCGACUGUCACGGAGUCCUCUGUCACCUUCUACUGGGACUGGGACGAGAACCUUAACACCCCACAGCCAGGCACCCCCGUACAGGGCAUCUUCAGGGGAUUCAAGAUUCAGUACUGGGUCAGAGGUCAGAAGGAACAAACAUUCCAAGAGGCCGAGAUUCCCGUCAGUGAACUCACUCUUAGAUACGCAAGACGCAAGAAGCGGGCCAUACAGUCGUACAAAUACACCCUAGAGGGCCUGCUUGGAUAUCAGGACUACGAGGCUCAGAUGAGGGUCAUGAACACAUACUACGCAGGCCCACCUAGUGCCAUCGUGUCAUUUAGGACAACACUUGGAGUAACAGGGACUUGGGUAUCAAACAUAAUUUGGACAAAUUUUAUAAGGCUAGCCUGGGAACCCCCAGAGGUCGUGGACCAAUCAUUUGGCAGUAACUGGUACAACCUGUUAUCUGGGUAUGACAUAGGAUACCAAACAGUGAGUGGCUUGGACCUUGGAAACCUACAAGAGAAGAUUCCAGACAUAACUGAUCCUAGGACCAAUGAAACCUAUGUAAAUGGACUUGUAUACAAAACCAAAUACAGGCUGUAUGUGUGGCCAAAGAAUACCAAAGGUCGAGGGGAAGUGUCCUUCAUCGAGGCCUCAACAGCAGGACCUGCGUCUUCAAAAGCACCAGCGUUCACAAUGAAAGAUGUCAACCAGACUUUUGUUAAUGUGACAUGGAACUUAAAAAUGGACCCCAAAUCUGGCACAGUCAUUUACAUUGAGUACAGAAAAGAAGGCGUGUAUGAAUUCCAGCGUACUCCUGACGAGGUGGCUAAACAAUGGCGAGCUAUCACAGAACUGGAUGAUGGCACAACAUACGAAGUCCGCCUUGUCUUGACCGAUGGAAAAUCUCCCUCCACAAGUGCCAUUCAGACUGUUCGUACACUUGGAGUCGCGGCGGCGUACAGUCUGGGAGCUAACUUUGCGUGGUUUAUUGGUCUCGUUCUGUCUCUGUUGAUCAUCAUUGCGGUGGUGGUGUUUAUUAUUAUGUGCCGCAAGGUCACUAAACACCAGCCUCCACCUCAGUCCAAACUCAACGCUCCGACUCGCAGCGUCUCGGCCAUGUCAGGACAGGAUGGGGAAUACAAUUACAGGUAUGGAAGUUAUGAGGGCAGUAUGCACAAGAAAAGUGCCUCUUCCUUGGAUAAACCGUACUACGACGAUUCUGAAGGAUACGAUCGAUAUCGCGAUGGUUACGACCAGGAUGACCAGCCUUACGAUGAACGAUACGACGAUCGAUACGAUGACAACGCUUACAACAAUCGUUAUUACGAUGAUCGCUAUCACGAUGACCGUUAUGAGGACGAUAGGAGAGGAUAUGACGAUGAUCGAUAUAGUGAUGAUAGGAAGCAAUAUGACGAUGACGACGAAGGCGGAUUUAGGGACCACGACCGUCGCCCCAGCGACAGGGAUGAUCAUUAUUACCCGGAUGAUGACAGGAAUUAUGAACCCUACCAAAAACGCACCUACGACCGAACCCCAAGCUACGAGAAACGCCCCAUUGAUGACGUCGACUAUGAUCAGUAUAGGGAACCAGGCAAGUUUGAUCAUGACGGAAACCCGAUCAACACCCGCCCAAGACCGCCACCUAGCGGCGCUAACGGGUCUGGUCAUGUGCCAGGAACAUCCAGUUUUGUGUAAAAAUGAAAUCAUUAAUUACAAACGAUUUACUUUUGACAUUCCCGCAAUUAUCAUAUCUAUGGAGAUUCGUUUUGAAUGACUGAAGUUUAUAACUUGUAAGAGACAAACUUUAUGCAGAAGUUGGUAUUUUGCCAGAUUCCAAGGAUAAGACAGAAUAUACCAAAUUAUUUUGAUAUUUAUGCCUGAGACAAUUUUACAAGGGACCUGUUUCAUAAUCAAGGUUGGAGAUAUAUUACAAGUCAGAUUUUUUAGCGUAUUUUUGUAUAUAUGGACAUUUUUUUUUUUUACACAUGAAUCAUAUUUUUAUACGAAGUAUAAGUGCCAUUUUCUGAUCAUUAUAUGUAUAUAAUCAUUAAUUCAUGGUAUAAAUGGUUUCUUAAAUUGUAUAUUUGCAAGACUAGAUGAGAUGUAUUUUAUAUUUACAUUGAAUUUUUUAAGGGAUUGUUCAAACAUCUACAAAUCAUUCCAUAUUGACAUUAUUAACGUGAUGUGUAUUGUAUAUUUUUAAUUAGACAUAUAAUUCCUGCUACAUUCCAUUAGUUUGUAGAAGUAUAUUUGUAUAGGCACAUUAAAACAUAUCAGAUCGAAUUUUUAUAUUCAGGGCCUAUUUCCAAUAAAUUUAUAACAAAGAAA